UACAAACGUUAGACGGACAGUGGUUCUCGACGGAUAGAUCGGAGAAAAAUUAGUGCACUUACUCGAGAUUCGACCUAGUGUCAGCUGAUAGAGAAUGGCUUGCUCGAAACUUUACUCAGUCCUGCUGUUGGCUGUCGUUUUCGCCAUAGUGGCUGCGAAACCUGGAUACCUGGGUGGAUACGGAUACGGAUACGGAUAUCCUUACUCUUAUGGCUACAGAUACCCGUUUUACGGGUAUGGACAUGGUGGUUUCGGACAUGGUUAUGGUGGCUACCACGGCUACGGUUACGGUCCUGGAUUUGGUCACUUUGGCUAUUUCUAAUCGAAAAGACGACCGAUUUGGAUUCUACUCUAUACGAUUCGAAAAGGAGUGUUGUUUCAAAUGAUCUUAUAGUACAGAUUCUAUUGUCGAAAACACAUUUCACGGUAUUGGGACAGUGCCUCGUGUAACGCGUCCGCUUCCCGUGAUUCCGGAAUCAAUACUUCUACACACUGCAUUUAUUGUUUGUUUUAUAGAAAUCUCAGUGAAGUAACAGUAGCAACAUUGAGGCAACAAUAAAGCUUUGAAAUUCAUGGACUGAAAUCGGUGGAUUCUGAUUUUCU